GAAAACUUAUUAUUUCAGAUUUUCCACUAUUUUCCAUCAUCAACAUUCCAACAUUCCACAUUAGCAUUUCACAUACUGUCCCAAUGUUUUUGGACUUGGGUUUAUAUAAUGGAAUUUUGUAUGAAUUAAAAUCAUUAUUUUGUUAAUAUUGAAAGCAGCAACACUACUCAGGAGAGGAAAAUGAUCAAAUCUGGUGUGUGUUAAGACUAAAAUAAUAAUUUAAAAGUCAGAGGGCCGCACCCUCUGGCAUUAGAAACUAUGGUUUUUCAUAUAACAGCAGAAAUAGGAAGUGAACAGACUUCCUUCAGCAUAGAUUCCACCUUCUUUGCAACACCACCUUUUCUGUAGGAAUUACUGCUUUCUGCUAACUCUCGUUUCUUUUAAGGUAACAGUGCAGCUUUGAGAGGACCAGUAUUUCCACCGUCGUGUUUUCCCCCUCAGGAGAUCAAGCGCAGCAGUACAGUCAGUCAUGCAGUCCUGCAGUUCCGCUCUCUGUAUCCUGAUCUUACUGAUCUCUACAUUCACUACGGUGUCUGAAUCAGCUUUUCCUCUGGUAAAGGUGGGGUUUCUUGGUUCUGCUACUCUGCCCUGCUCUGAGAGAUGCUCUGGUUUGGUCAGAUGGACUGUGUUCACUAAACCCACUGAUGUUCUGGCUGAGUGUGAUCAGACUUCAUGUAGAUCAGUGAAGGAGGGAUAUCAGAUGAUCCAUGAUCAGUACCUGAAGGGGAAUCUCUCUCUCACCAUCACUGACGCUGAUUUCACUAAGAGAGGCUGGUACACGUGUCAGUGUGAUGGUAGAGAGAUAUAUCACUGGGAUCUUCAGGUUGAGCCCUUAAAAACUUCAGUUCAGAUAGAGCCUGGUGAAUCUCUGUUGAUGAAGUUGGACGUAUCAGAUCCAGUGGAGGUGAUUUAUAACAGCACAGAUCCAGCUGGACCAUCCAGCGAUCAGAUCUGUACAGUGAAUGGAAACUCACUACAGUGUAAACCUGAAUACACACACAGAGUGUCACUAAUAACAUCUGCCCUUGAACUGAGAAAAAUGACUCCAUCUGACAGGGGCAAUUAUAUUAUAAUGGACAUUAAUAAGGAGGCCAUUCAUAUCUACACAGUGACCGUUCAGGAUGAACAGCCCUGUGUGUGCGGAGAUCAGGGAGCUGCUGUGCCAGUCUGGGCGUUCGUCCUGUUGCUGGUUGUGUGUGUAGCAUUAUGGGGAGUGAAUAUGUGGUUGUGGAGAAGAAAUCUGCUCCUCCAGAAGAGAUGUGAAAGCAAUGGACUAAACAACCACGGUGCAGAAAAUAUGAAGAGCCUGUCAACCCUCACUAAUAAGCUGAAGCAAGAUAGUUCCUGAUCUCUCUCCGUCUUUCUCUUGCUCUCUUUCUCUUCUCUUUUAAAUAGACUGCGUGAGUGUGUGUGUGUGUGUGUGUGAAGCUUACAGAGAGAAACAGAGAGUUAUCCAGAACGUUCUUUCUUCCAUUUGUUUGAAUAUGCACCUUCUUUAAGGUUCUACAUAUAAGAACUGGAUGAUGUUUAGUGAGUGGGCACAGCGGGGUCUACAACACCACCUGUACAUGUAGAGCCCGUUUCACUAAUUUCUCCACUCCACACUGUUGUGUUUAGUUCUGCUUCAGUGCUGUACUCAGUAUGAUUUCAUUGAUUGUAAUACUUGAAUAUACUGAUUCCAGUACUGAAUAUAAUGAGCUUGCUAAUGUUAUGAAAAAAAUAAUGUAGGUAGAUAAUAUCUAAAGGCAAUUAACUGUACAGUUUUACUGUACAUGAAACAAGCAUAUAUCUUUUUUGCAGGAUGUUAAUAUAAUGGUAAUAAACCCAUUCUAAGCCAUGUUCCAGCAUAUCACUGUUGUCGGAAGAAAACCUCCAAAAUGGUAACUUUACAGGAGAAGGAAAAAACCUACAUUUCUUUUAAUGUAAGUCAAUGGAACCAGACUUUUUUCCAGGUCAUU